GGAUCGGAUGCGCAGAUUCUCCGUAGGAUGGUAAAUGACCGAUGGGGAAUCAUGAACAGCUCUUCUGAACUCGAAGAUGGGACUCGGCAUAAAAACCAGACAUUCUGUGAGUGUGUACCCAGCUCCUCCCAGCUCAAACAUCGCUGGUCAGACUCAGAAACUGCCAGGGAGACCCCGGCCAAGGUAAGGGCCUGUCACCACAACAUUAACAUGAGCACACAGAGGAUGAGCUGCAGCUACCUGCUCUGCACUAUCCUGCUCUUUGUGGCUGUAUUGCUGGCUGUCACUGUAACCGGCACCAUCCUUUUUAUGAAUCACUACCAGGCCCCACCUAUGUCUGAUGGCCUUCCCCACAUCUCUACCAAUCAGGAUGAAGCUAAUGCCCUGGUCACUGUUGAGAGGGGCGACGGCUCUCGCAUCAACAUCUUCAUCGACCCCAACUGUCCCGACUAUAACAGUAACUUUUUGCGCCUGGAGGGCGUGCAGACCUCACUGCUCCACUCGCUAACCGACCACGACUCUGACCUGAAGUCAGUGAAAGGCCAGGAUCGGGCUCUGCUUGUCAGUCUGGCUGAGGAGGUGGCCAAGCUGUCAGCCCAUGCAGGGCAACUGAAAAUGGACUAUGAAUCCUUACGCAGGGGUCAAGGAAGCCUGGGGCAAGACCUUAACACACUGCAGACUGAGCAGGCACGCCUCAUACAGCUGCUGUCAGACAGCCAGAUCAACAUGGUGAAGGUAGUGAACUCAGUGAGUGAUGCUCUUAAUGCCAUGCAGAAGGAGAACGUGGGCCUGAAGGCACGCGUCAAGGCCGACUUGCAGAGGGCACCAGUCAGAGGGGCCCGUUUCAAGGGCUGCUCCAAUGGCUCGCGUCCCCGUGACUGCGGUGAUCUGUACGCCAGUGGUCAGAGAGAGGAUGGCAUCUACUCUGUGUUUCCUGUUCACCACCCUGCAGGCUUCCAGGUCUACUGUGACAUGACCACAGAUGGAGGAGGCUGGACAGUGAUCCAGCGCAGGGAGGAUGGCUCGGUCAACUUCUUCAGAGGAUGGGAGUCCUAUCGUGAGGGAUUUGGCAAGAUCACCGGUGAACACUGGCUUGGGCUGAAGCAGAUCCAUGCCCUGUCCAUCCAAGGGAACUAUGAGCUACGUAUCGACUUGGAGGACUUUGAAAAUAGCACUGCCUUUGCCCAGUAUGGUACCUUUGGAGUGGGCCUCUUCUCAGUGGACCCCGAUGAUGAUGGAUACCCUUUGACUGUGGGAGACUAUUCUGGCAAUGCAGGUGACUCUCUACUGAAGCACAAUGGGAUGAAGUUCACCACAAAAGACAGGGAUAAUGACCACUCAGAGAAUAACUGCGCCUCCUUCUACCAUGGUGCCUGGUGGUACCGCAACUGCCACACCUCCAACCUUAACGGCCAGUACCUGCGCGGUCAGCACACCUCCUAUGCCGAUGGCAUCGAGUGGUCCUCCUGGACUGGCUGGCAGUACUCACUCAAGUUCUCUGAGAUGAAGAUACGGCCCACCCGCGACCCUGAAAAUAAAUGA